AUGAUUAAGAGCUACUUUGACUUAUCUGAUAUUCUGACCAAUGAAGAGACUGUCCCUGUCACUUUCUUAGUGCCUUCAUUUAGUCUGGGAAAAGAGAUUAAUGUACGCACCAAUGAGGGUGAGGCUCUUGAGGAAGUGAAAGCCGGCAGUGUCUCUACAAUUCCCAUGUGGGCUGCCGUAGCACUACGUGAGGGUGGAUAUCUUAUUCCCCAGGUACCACCACGGUAUACAACAUCUGUAUUUCGGGAAUUCAAGACAGACCCUCUUGCAGCCAGUCUUCAUGCAAAAUCUCCGUACUUUUACGAGGCUGGUCUUCUUCUUUGUGCUAUGCUACCGACAAAUGAAGGUAAUCGACUUGCAGCGCAACUUUUUAGACUGUAUCAACUAAGGUAUCUUAAAGUUAUUCACGCAGCCUCGAAGAGAGGUUUUGAUUUGACAGACGUAAGAGAAAAAUUAUGUGAGAGUGAGCGCUAUUUAUUAGACACGCUGCUCCGUGGUAUGGAGAAUGAACGCCAAUGGCAUCGCAGCAUAUUUUAA